AGAGCAGCAGAGCAGCGGAGCAGCAGAGCAUUUGCAUGCCAGCUGGACUAGAACCCGUGACCAGCCGGCGCAGCAUGGAUGUGGAACGAAGGCGCCGGGCGAAUACGCUCGAGCGCGAGAUGCGCGAUCCGACCAGCAUCUGCAAUGUGGACUGCCUGCUGGACACGGUGUCGGCCUUGGUCAGCGAUUGCGACCACGACUCCCUGAGGCGGCUUAAGAACAUCGAGCAGUAUGCGGCCAAAUAUAAACCACUGGCCCUGCAGAUCAACCAGCUGCGCAUGAACGUCGAGGAUUUCGACUUCAUCAAGCUCAUCGGCGCCGGCGCCUUCGGAGAGGUGCAGCUGGUGCGGCACAAGUCCUCCAGCCAGGUGUACGCGAUGAAGCGGCUGUCCAAAUUCGAGAUGAUGAAGCGCCCGGACUCCGCCUUCUUCUGGGAGGAGCGACACAUCAUGGCGCACGCCAACUCCGAGUGGAUCGUCCAGCUUCACUUUGCCUUUCAGGAUGCCAAAUACUUGUACAUGGUGAUGGACUUCAUGCCCGGCGGCGACAUAGUGUCGCUGAUGGGCGACUACGACAUACCGGAGAAGUGGGCCAUCUUCUACACGAUGGAGGUGGUGCUGGCCCUGGACACCAUUCACAACAUGGGCUUCGUGCACCGCGACGUCAAGCCGGACAACAUGCUGCUCGACAGCUAUGGCCACCUGAAGCUGGCCGACUUCGGGACGUGCAUGCGAAUGGGCGCCAACGGGCAGGUGGUGUCCAGCAAUGCGGUGGGCACGCCGGACUACAUCAGCCCCGAGGUGCUGCAGUCGCAGGGCGUGGACAACGAGUACGGGCGCGAGUGCGACUGGUGGUCGGUGGGCAUCUUCCUCUACGAGAUGCUCUUCGGCGAGACGCCCUUCUAUGCGGACUCCCUGGUCGGCACCUACGGCAAGAUCAUGGACCACAAGAACUCGCUCAGCUUCCCGCCCGAGGUGGAGAUUAGCGAGCAGGCCAAGGCCCUGAUACGCGCCUUCCUCACGGACCGAACGCAGCGCCUGGGACGCUACGGCAUCGAGGACAUCAAGGCGCAUCCGUUCUUCCGCAACGACACCUGGUCGUUCGACAAUAUACGCGAGAGCGUGCCGCCCGUGGUGCCGGAGCUCUCGUCCGACGACGAUACGCGCAACUUCGAGGACAUCGAGCGGGACGAGAAGCCGGAGGAGGUGUUUCCCGUGCCCAAGGGCUUCGAUGGCAACCACCUGCCCUUCAUCGGCUUCACCUACACGGGCGACUACCAGCUGCUGUCCAGCGACACCGUGGACGCCGAGUCCAAGGAGGCCAGUGCGGCGGUGAACAGCAGCGGGGCGGCCAGUAACAAUCACGGUCACGGUCACGGGCACAAUCACCGCCACCGGCCGUCGAACUCCAACGAGCUGAAGCGCCUGGAGGCCCUGCUGGAGCGGGAGCGCGGCCGCUCGGAGGCCCUGGAGCAGCAGGACGCCGGUCUGCGGCAGCAGAUCGAGCUGAUAACGAAGCGCGAGGCGGAGCUGCAGCGCAUCGCCUCCGAGUACGAGAAGGAUCUGGCCUUGCGGCAGCACAACUACAAGGUGGCCAUGCAGAAGGUCGAGCAGGAGAUCGAGCUGCGCAAGAAGACCGAGGCGCUGCUCGUCGAGACGCAGCGCAAUCUGGAGAACGAGCAGAAGACGCGGGCACGCGACCUGAACAUCAACGACAAGGUCGUCUCGCUGGAGAAGCAGCUACUCGAGAUGGAGCAGAGCUACAAGACGGAGACGGAGCAGACGCAGAGGCUGAAGAAGCACAACACCGAGCUGGACUUUACGGUCAAGUCGCAGGAGGAGAAGGUGCGCGACAUGGUCGACAUGAUCGACACGCUGCAGAAGCACAAGGAGGAGCUGGGCCAGGAGAACGCCGAGCUGCAGUCGCUGGUGGUGCAGGAGAAGAAUCUGCGCUCGCAGCUCAAGGAGCUGCACAAGGAGGCCGAGAACAAGAUGCAGACGCUGAUCAACGACAUCGAGCGGACGCUGGGACGCGAGCAGAAGGCCCAGGAGGACAAUCGGGCGCUGCUCGAGAAGAUCAGCGAUUUGGAGAAGGCCCAUGCCGGCCUCGACUUCGAGCUGAAGGCCGCGCAGGGCCGCUACCAGCAGGAGGUGAAGGCCCACCAGGAGACGGAGAAGUCGCGACUGGUGUCGCGCGAGGAGGCCAAUCUGCAGGAGGUCAAGGCGCUGCAGUCGAAGCUCAACGAGGAGAAGUCCGCCCGCAUCAAGGCCGAUCAGCAUUCGCAGGAGAAGGAGCGCCAACUGAGCAUGCUCUCAGUGGACUAUCGCCAGAUCCAGCUGCGCCUGCAGAAGCUCGAGGGCGAGUGCCGCCAGGAGUCGGAGAAGGUGGCCGCCCUGCAGUCGCAGCUCGACCAGGAGCACAGCAAGCGCAACGCCCUGCUCUCGGAGCUCAGCCUGCACAGCUCGGAGGUGGCCCACCUGCGAUCCCGCGAGAACCAGCUGCAAAAGGAGCUGGGCGUGCAGCGCGAGGCGAAGCGGCGGUUCGAGGAGGACCUCGGCCAGCUGAAGGGCACCCAUCACGAGGCGCUGGCCAAUAACCGGGAGCUGCAGGCCCAACUCGAGGCCGAGCAGUGCUUCUCGCGGCUCUACAAGACGCAGGCGAACGAGAACCGCGAGGAGAGCGCCGAGCGGCUGGCCAAGAUCGAGGACCUCGAGGAGGAGCGCGUCUCGCUCAAGCACCAGGUCCAGGUGGCCGUCGCCCGCGCCGAUUCCGAGGCUCUGGCCCGCUCCAUUGCCGAGGAGACGGUGGCCGAUCUGGAGAAGGAGAAGACCAUCAAGGAGCUCGAGCUGAAGGACUUUGUGAUGAAGCACCGCAACGAGAUCAACGCCAAGGAGGCCGCUUUGGCCACGCUCAAGGAGGCCGAGAUCGAGCUGCACAAGAAGCUGGGCCAGAAGGGCGUCGAGUGCGAGGAUCUGCUGCAGCAGCACAAGAAGCAGCAGGAGGAGCUGGCGCUGAUGAGGAGCAGCAAGGACGAGGAGAUAGCCAAGCUGCUGGACAAGUGCAAGCAGGAGGUUCUGCUCAAGCAGGUGGCGGUGAAUAAGCUGGCCGAGGUGAUGAACCGUCGCGACUCCGACCUGCCCAAGCAAAAGAGCAAGGCCCGCUCCACCGCCGAGCUGCGCAAGAAGGAGAAGGAGAUGCGCCGGCUGCAGCAGGAGCUAUCGCAGGAGCGCGACAAGUUCAACCAGCUGCUGCUCAAGCACCAGGACCUCCAGCAGCUGUGCGCCGAGGAGCAGCAGGUCAAGCAGAAGAUGGUCAUGGAGAUCGACUGCAAGGCCACCGAGAUCGAGCACCUGCAGAGCAAGCUCAACGAGACGGCGUCGCUCUCCUCGGCGGACAACGAUCCCGAGGAUAGCCAGCACUCCUCUCUGCUCUCCCUCACACAGGACUCGGUCUUCGAGGGCUGGCUGAGUGUGCCGAACAAGCAGAACCGGCGACGUGGUCACGGCUGGAAGCGGCAGUAUGUCAUCGUCUCGUCGCGCAAGAUCAUCUUCUACAACUCGGACAUUGACAAGCACAACACCACCGAUGCUGUGCUCAUCCUGGAUCUGAGCAAGGUGUACCACGUUCGCAGCGUCACUCAGGGCGAUGUUAUACGCGCCGAUGCCAAAGAGAUUCCGCGCAUCUUCCAGCUGCUGUACGCCGGCGAGGGUGCCUCCCAUCGUCCCGACGAGCAGAGCCAGCUGGAUGUGAGCGUUCUGCAUGGGAAUAGCAAUGAGGAGCGCCCGGGCACUAUUGUCCACAAAGGUCACGAGUUCGUCCACAUAACCUACCACAUGCCCACGGCCUGCGAGGUGUGCCCGAAGCCUUUGUGGCACAUGUUCAAGCCGCCGGCGGCUUACGAAUGCAAGAGAUGCCGCAACAAGAUUCACAAGGAGCAUGUGGACAAGCACGACCCGCUGGCGCCCUGCAAGCUGAACCACGAUCCCCGGAGCGCAAGGGACAUGCUGCUGCUGGCCGCCACGUCCGAGGAGCAGUCGCUGUGGGUGGCGCGGCUGCUGAAGCGUAUCCAAAAGAGUGGAUACAAGGCCAACUCGUCGAACAACAACAGCAGCACCACCGAUGGCAGCAAGAUAUCGCCCAGCCAAUCGACGCGCUCCUCCUACAAGCCGUAUGCGGUUAAUGUGCAACGCUCCGCGACGCUGCCAGCCAAUUCAUCGCUGAAAUGAACGCCCAACGAUCCCAGAUCCCAGAUGGCAAACUGCAGCUGGAGCCGGGAGCCAGCCUCCUUCAGCCCCAACGAAACUAAAUGCUAUGCAAAACUGAUACACCGAUAUAUAGAGAGGAAAAUAGCAAGAGAGAAAGAGCAGCUGCAACUUGAAGGGCAACUGCAACUACUAUCUUAAAUAUACGCUCUAAACAUACAUGCUACAUGCGCUAGUAAUCUACAAAUAUUUUUUGAGUAAUUUACAAGCUAAAACUAAACUACAACUAAACUGAAACUAAAACUAAAACGAAAACUUAAAACAAAAAUACUAAAUACUAAAAAACUGUAUCUUAAAGAACAUGUAAAGCCAAUGCAACUCGUUUAACGCUUACCUAACAUCAAACUGGAUGGUGAGAAGGUCUACAUAGAACAUAAAACAUAGAACACAAAAGUGGCAACGUCAGGCGGCUCAGAAGCGAUGCACUUUGUUGUACUUUAUAUUCUAUAUAGUAUAUACAUAUAAAUAUAAAUACGAUAUGGUAUUGUACGACUUGCUAUUGUAUUCUGUCAUCGCAUUCAGCACAACGAUGAGAGCUGUAUUUAGUUAAGUGAAUCCAUAUCCAUGUCGCUGCAAAAGGUGAUCCUUCACCUUUUCCCAUAUAUCAAGGCCUUGUAAGAACGUUUUUUUUUUCACAUAUAUAUACCUAUAUACAUACUGUUGUUGUUGUGUAGCGAAUCAGAUUGGCCAAACGUUGUUCUUAGUUGUAAAGAAACAGAGCUAUACAAUAUAUAUUUGUAGAGAUAUAUACUAGUAUAUAUACUCCUCCAAGAGCAUAUCCUGUAAGCCAAUUGCCAGCUAACAACAAACGAAAAGAAUCGAGCAACCAACAAAAACCAGAACUAAGUUAAAGCCACUUUACAAAGCUUUAACUUGUAUUCCAUUUAAUGAGCACUCUUUUUUACAUAAAUAGUAUAGAUUUACGUGUACAAGAUGGAACGAAUUGCGCGAUGAUAUCGAUAGAAGCGAAUAUCAAUCAGUUACUUAAAUAGCAAACGCGAAAGCAACUAAAAAUACUGUCCUGUUUCGGUUUGCAGUUCCGAUUCCGAUUCCUAGUUGCCUUGGAGGCAAAACGAAAGUUAAUUCUACAGUUUGUAUUUUUUAUUCUUAACGAACGGGGAACCGGAAACGGAAACGUAAACGAAACGGAAUAGAGUGUCUCUAGCCAUGGACAGAGCGAAACAUGAAUCGAAACUAAAACUAAAAC